AUGGCAUUGGCUCUAGGAGCACUCUGGUACAUGGCCUGGAGUGUCUACGACAAAGCUGUCAUAUCCCACGACGUCAAAAAGUACCAACCCGUGCCCUUGCCCGAAAAUCCAAGCUGCAACCACGGAGACGUGAGCAUUAUAGUUCCAACAAUCGACACCGAGUCGACAUUCACCGAGUACAUGCGCCUCUGGCUCAAGUCCAAGCCUCCUCGCGUCGAGCAGCUCCAGGAGGAUAGGGACAAGAUCCUAAUGCUGUGUGCGCCCCUGGCCAAUAAACGUUACCAGCUCGUAAUCGGCGUGAAGGCGGCUCGCGGCAGAAUCCUCGCUCUGGUGGACGACGAUGUGUAUUCGCGCGUCGACAGCACUGUCCCCUACCUCUUGGCUCCGUUUGAGGACACUGAGGUGGGCGCGGUUGCCGGUAUACAAAGUGCUGAGAUCCCGUCCGACCGCCAAGAUGAACGGGUCAUUACAACGUGGGAAGCCACUGCUGCGUUCGACUUGUAUCAGUGGAAGGGCUCCCGUGAGGUUCACUUCGCCGCGGAACGGGGCUGCUGGUGCCUCUCCGCACGAACCUUGCUCAUCCGUGCAAGCAUUCUCCAGGACGAGUGCUUCGCCGACGCAUACACGCAUGAGGUCAUCGGCCGUAGGGUCGUGAACACGGCCGACGACGUCGUGUUAACUGGAUGGGUAUUCGACCGCGCAUGGAAGGUGUCUAUUCAGGACAUCCUCCCGAGACACCCGUACACGACUGGUAAGAUGGUUGAGCGCCUGGCUCGACCCAUCUGGACCUUUGCAUACGCCGGAGCUUGGUUUCAAACGCUCCGCACGACACCUUGGCUCGCGUGUAUGUUUGCUAUGAAGUACUUCUUCUGA